AUGAAUCAGAUUAUUACUAUGAAUCAGACAUCAGUCAAAGACUUUUCCAUUCUGGCGCUGACAGACCACCCUGAUCUAAAAAUCGCUCUAUUCUGUGCUCUCCUGUUGAUAUAUUUACUGACAUUAGCAGGUAAUAUAAUCAUUAUAUUGAUUUCACAUUUGGACACAAACUUACAAGCACCAAUGUACUUCUUCUUGAGAAAUUUAUCCUUUUUGGACAUUUUCUAUACUUCAACUACUAUGCCAAAAAUGUUGCAGUUGCUCUUGGCAAAGAAAAGGUUAAUUUCAUUUUCAGGCUGUGUGGCCCAAAUGUAUAUAUUUAUCGCCCUUGUAGGCACUGAAUGCGUUCUACUUGCAGUAAUGUCAUAUGACCGGUUUCUUGCUGUUUGCAACCCUCUUAGAUAUUCUUCUAUCAUGAAUCAUAUGUUGUGCCCUAUACUUGCAGGUAUAUCUUGGCUUUCUGGACUUGUAAACUCUGUAGUCCACACGGUCUUUACUUUUCGCCUUCACUUCUGUGACUCCAACACAAUCAAUUACUUUUAUUGUGACAUACCGCCAAUCCUUUCUAUUUCAUGUGACAACACAACAGUCAAUGAAACGUUAUUGUUGUCUAUUGGAGUUUUCAUUGGAUGGACACCAUUCUUGUGCAUUAUGGUUUCUUAUAUCUACAUUAUUUUGACCAUUAUAAAAAUGAAAUCUACUGAAGGAAAACAAAAGGCCUUUUCUACUUGUAGCUCCCACCUUACAGUGGUCAUUUUAUACUUCGGCAGUGUCCUCUUUAGUUAUGUAAGGCCAACUUCUUCAUACUCUAUGGCCAAAGAUAGGCUAAUUUCUGUUCUUUAUAGCAUUGUAUGUCCAAUGUUGAACCCAGUGAUUUAUACAUUGAAGAACCAAGAUUUUAAAAAUGCUUUACAUAGAAAAUUCAUAAAUAGACAAUAA